AUGGUGAAGUUCAGUAAUGGAUCUACAAGGGUGGAAAAAAUUCACAAGAGAGAUUUUCUUGCUUUGCAAAAUACUACCAUCACAUAUUUCUCCCUGAUUUCAAAUAAGAUCAAGAAUUUACCCAAUCGUGUAUUUUAUCAUCUGAACUCAGUACAGAGUCUACGACUAGACUAUAAUCUUUUGACUUCAUUUGAUAUUCAACCUUUUCUAGGUAUGGCUUCCAUCAAAGAACUGUCAGUCUUCGGCUGUAGAAUCCAUCGUCUUAUUCCGCUUGGCAAUGCAUCGUAUGACUUUGACAACUAUCCAUUCAUAUCUAUUCUUGACAUGAGAUGUAAUUCGAUAGAAAAUGUACCUGCUGAUUCAUAUUGGGGCUUCACAAAACUUCAAGCCCUCUUUUUGACUCACAACAAAAUUAAAACUUUUGGUAAUCAGUCCUUCUGCAAGCUCCAAUCACUUACAGAACUGGACAUUUCAUACAAUAAAAUAGCAUUCUUAACGCCUCAUACAUUUGCCUGCUUAUCAAGUUUGACCAAAUUGAAUGUAUCAGGAAAUUCGAUACAAACUAUUUCGCCUCAAUCCUUUAAUGGAAUGCCAUCGAUAACAUCAAUUUUCCUGUCCCGUAAUAAGAUAACAAAUUUGAACAAUAAUAAACGACUUUGGACACUAACGACUCUCCGUAUGCUUGAUUUAUCAUUUAAUGAUAUAAAGUCUAUUUUUCCACGCAGAAUGAAUGGCCUCUCAAAUCUAACGGAAUUACGUUUAUCAUUCAAUCCAGUCUCCUAUUACGAUCCCAUCGCAUUUAAGGAUCUUCGGAGUUUGCAAAGGCUAUACCUUUCCAAUCAGAAGAUUUUAGUCCUACAAAAUACCUUUCAGCAGCUUCAUACAGUACUCUUUUUGUGUAUUUCAAAUACCCGUAUCAAGAUUUCCGGAUAUUCAAUUGAUCAAUUUGUUAACAUGACACAUCUUUAUGAACUACGCAUGGAGAAAGCACAGCUGACAGGCAGUCACUUAUAUGAUGUGGUCAACAAUCAGUCACUCUUUACCGGUCUUCAUGCGUUGAAGAGACUUCGUCUCAAAGACAACUAUUUACACAGCCUGGAUAGCAGAGUGUUCUACAACCUUUCGAAACUGUACUAUCUUGAUAUGACCAACUCAAACAUCCAUGUGCUGAGGUCUGGUGUGUUCUAUCCUCUGUCCUCCCUUGCCGUAUUGCGUCUCAGUGGUAAUAAACUGGCGGAGAUUGCAGGAGACACAUUCCACGGUCUCUCUCACUUGAGUUUCCUUAACCUCCAAAACAACGGCCUUCGUGGUCUGGAGGUAACAACUUUUGCCCAGAAUCCUAAACUAAAAACCCUCCUUCUUCCUGGAAAUCAAAUCAGCAUCAUUAAACCAGAAACGGUGUUCCCAUCCAAUAUAUCUCUUCACUUGGAUGUGUCCAGAAACCCCUUCGCAUGUACAUGCUCUUUAAUAUGGUUCAGGCAGUGGCUUCACUCAGCCAACAUCGACUUGAAACAUGCAGACCAGACGUUGUGCUCUGGUACUUCAUUGAAGGAAUUCGUAAAUAAACCGAUUUUAUCGUUCCAUCCUGAGGAUCAUUGCGGUGUGAACGUCGUUCUCAUUGUGGUUCUCUCUUUCUUAGGUGUACUCGUCGGUGUAAUGGCCAUGCUAGUGUACAACAAACGAUGGUGGCUGAAUCAUAAAAUCUUCCUGCUCAAACUUGCUAUCGUUGGUUACAUAGAAAUGGAAGAGGACUUCAACGCUGGCAACUAUCGUCAUCAUCUCAACCUCAUGUUCCAUGAAACAGAAGAGGAGUGGGUCAACCAGGUCAUGAAACCUGCACUGGAGGAGAGGUUGCCACAUCUGCAGAACAUCAUCUACGGAGACGAGGACCUUCACCUAGGCAUGUACUACAUCAACGCACUCUACGAUGCCAUCGACAACAGCUUCAAGACAGUCUUGCUGCUAAGCAACCAGUCUGUCAAUAAUGCCUGGACAAUGACCAAGCUCCGUAUGGCUCUGGAGCACAUUAAUGACACAGGAUUAGACAAAGUCAUCUUGAUCUUCGUGGAGGACAUCGAGGAUGAUAACCUACCGUACCUUGUCAGGUUGUUCCUGAGUAGGAACAGACCUUACAUGCUGUGGACAGAGGAUGAAGAUAGACAGGAACUAUUUUGGGCUCAGUUUGAGAAGAGCACAAGAGCGAACAGGGCUAUAAACAAUGCCAUUCCGCUGUAAAUUAUUAAUGUAGACAAAUUUGAAU